GUCACAGACUGUUGAAAUUAUACGGCCACGAAAUGCAUAGAAUUCAUGGUUAUUUUUGUGGAUUUGUUUUUGAAAGUACAUGUCAUUUCUCAGUUAACCCAAGUAAAUUCAUGAAAUAAACUGAAUUUCAGUAAACAAUAUGUGUUCUAUUGCAAAGCCAGUUUUCGUCACCUAAAAGUCUCCAAAGCCUCAGCCCGAGGAAGGCAACAAAGCCUACGGAUCGAAGAAAGAUGACAGGAACGGCACUGCCUGAGAAAAGGGUCAAUCUUAUUGACUGUAAACAAGGCGCUGUGCGAGCUGUUAGGUUUAAUGUGGAUGGCAAUUAUUGUAUAACAUGUGGAAGUGACAAAAGCCUAAAGUUAUGGAACCCACACCGCUCUCUUUUGAUAAAGACAUAUGCAGGUCAUGGUUAUGAAGUUCUGGAUGCUCAAGCAUCAUGUGACAACAGUCAGAUCUGCUCGUGUGGCCUGGACAAAACAGUCAUCCUGUAUGAUGUAGCCUCUGGAAAAGCCCUGAAGAAGUACCGAGGACACGUGGGUCAAGUGAACUGUGUCCGAUUCAAUGAGGAAUCCACUUUGAUCCUGUCUGGUUCUGUGGAUGGCAGUGUGAGGGUAUGGGACAUCAAGAGCAGGAAGAUGGAACCAGUUCAGGUAUUGGAUGAGGCCAAGGACAGUGUGACAUGUAUCCAAGUCUCUGAUCAUGAAAUCCUGACAGGCUCCGCUGAUGGACGAGUUAGAAGAUAUGAUCUUAGAGAAGGCAAAAUGGCAGUUGAUAGUAUAGGAAAGCCAGUGACCAGUGUGAGUUUUACCAGAGAUGGUCAGUGUACACUGGUCAGCAGCCUGGACAACACACUAAGGCUGCUUGACAAGGAUACUGGGGAAAUGCUGAAUGAAUACACAGGCCAUAAGAACAGUGAUUAUAAGAUAGACAACUGUUUGAACAGCAUGGACACACAUGUAAUGAGUGGCUCAGAAGAUGGAAGUGUCUACAUCUGGGACCUCCUGGAGGCCAAGAUUGUGCAAAAGCUAGACCAUGGUAAAGGUGUCGUCCACUCAAUGUCUCACCAUCCUACAGAGAACUGUCUGCUCACAGCUGUGGGACCAAGUGUCUACGUGUGGAAGUCUAAAGAUGCCAGUGAAGCGACAUGAACUGUAGUCUAAGUCUUUCGAUGCAAGUGAUGUCUAAACCUGACAGUGACGUCAUAUAAAGGCUAAGCAUACAUGCUAGGCGAGGUGGACAUGUACUGCGAGUGAGGAGACUAUAACCCUAUAGUCUUAAAGAUGCCCUUCAGGAGAUGCAGGUUCUAAAAUCUACACUUGCCACAAAGCAGUUGCGAAGUCCCUUGACAUGCCAGUGAGGAGGUGUGAAGUUUCUUGACGUGACAUUAAAGACAUGUGGAGUCUUUUUCACAUGCCAGAGAGAUGUGGCAUCCCAUGGCUUGCCAGGGAUGAAUCUCCAUGCUCAUGGGGUUCUUUAUGUGCCAGUGAAAAGAGGAGUCUCUUGACAUGCCGAUUCAGGGAUGUAGAGUCUGUUGACAUGCCAUUGAGAAGAUUUGGAGAUUGUGUUCAAAUUAAGUUUGAUUACUUUCUUGCCAUAAAAACUGAAGUUUUGACAUGAAAAUCAUGAUUUUAAGGCCUUCAUGUUCUUCUGAAAGAGCAUUCUUACUUACCAAACUUUAAAUCAAGAUUGGUGAAAAUUCUGGCUGGAUUGAGUCUUAACUCUACUGGAAUCAACCGAUAUAGUUGAAAAACAAGUCUGAACAACUGAGUGUUUCAGUAUUCUUGUAUAUUCUCAGUAUGAUGUAGAAAGUAACAAACUCAGCAGUUAAAAAACCUGGGGUAUCUGAGUUUGCCAUGUGAGCCUCUCUGAGGGUAACACGUUCCAGCAGCUUGCCAUUCUUUAUCAUAUUACCUUGUAAAUAAUAAGAUUCACAACACCAACAAAAUAGAACAUGUAACAAAAUAUCUGAGCUAUAAUUACAUUUGGCAACAAGUGAUGCGGGAUGUGCAUGUUUUACAGGAUAAAAUGGAACAAUAAUGCCAAUUGCCAUCCAAACACGAGUAUAUAUAUAUAUA